AUGACAAGAAUUCAUUUUUAUGACAAAGCAUCGAUGAAAUGGGUUGGAAAGUUAAAAGCUUAUGAGAAAUUUCUAGACUUUAAUGGAUGUGAAUUAAUAAUGAUGCUUCCAACAAUAGAUUUACGAUAUCUUAAUUCAUACCAUUGGGGGUAUGCAGAUGUUGAUUCCAAUCAAUUUGAAGUCCUUGGAAUCACACCAAUAAUAUUCAAAUUAGCAGGAGAAAAAUAUAACUUUAAGGAUGAAUAUGCACCGGCAAUAGUGUAUGAAAGAGAUUGGAUUAUGAACUUUAAUAUGAGCACUUUCAUAUACUAUGGAAUAAAUGAAACUCCAAAAGAUGCAAAUGUAUAUUUUGAUAUUACUGGAGUUCAUUUAAACAAUCUUUCAACAUUCAGAAUGUCAAAUGCAUUUUUUGACAUUAAAUACAAUCUCUUUGUGACUCCUGGAGAUCCUUACUCACCAUAUGAGAAGCUAUUCCUGCCAUUUGAUCUAACAACCUGGAUUCUUUUAGUUUCUACUUUUGGAAUAACUUUUAUUACAAUUUUCAUCAUUAAUCAUUUACCAAGUAAAUCUUUUGAGUUCUUGACAAGUGAGCCACGACGUCCUCCUGCAAAGACAUUAGAGGACCUUGUGGUACAAAAUUUCACUGCUUACACUUUAUUUAAGGAUUCCUUUGAAAAGAUUAUCGAAGAUGAAAGAAGCAAUUGGCCAGAAAUUAAGGAACCUGAAUUCAACGAAUACAUCAAUUACUAUAAAACUCAAUCACAAAAUUCAUCAGCCAAGAUGUGCUUGAUAAUUGAAGAGUUGCUGCAAGAUGAACUCGAUGCAUAUGUCCACCCAAAAUGGAAUAAAAUCGAAUUAGAGAACAUUUUCAUUUCUCAUCAAGCCUUAAUUUUUCAUCAGCAUUCAUUUUACUUUAGAAUGAUGUUUAAGACGGUCAAUAGUCUUAUAGAUACAGGAAUUAUGAAGCAUCUGACUGAUAACUAUCUGAAGCAAAAGAAAUUUAUAGUCCUUGAAGAAAUUCCCAAGAGUUUGAGUUUGAAUGAUCUUUCAUUUGGAUUCAAUAUAUGGCUAGGAUUUUGUGGCAUGUCUCUUAUUUUAUUUUUUGUUGAAACGAUGAAAAAGCUUAAAAAAGAAAAAGUUCCUAGACUUUUCAAGUUUGCAAAAGUACAUCCUAUAAUAAAUGAUAGUUCUUGUCAAGAUUCAAAGUUUAAAGAGAACUUUAAACUAAAUCGUUCAACAAUAAUUGUGGUUUCAAGAUUGGAAGAGUUGUUUGAAGUAUAUAUAAGAUUUGAAGCUCAAAGAUAUCAAGAACAAACAUUUAAAAUCUUCAUUUAUUGUUCAGAUUUGACUUUUCAAAAUUUAGAUCAUUUUGAACCAAUUAUAAAAUAUCCAUUAAUUUUCAAACCAGGAUCAAUUUUUGAACAUGCAUACUUUAUUACUAAUGAUGGAUAUUCAAUAAGCAUCUCAACUAUCGAGUGGUUUCAAUUCACUUGCAAUCGUCCUAAAUUGACGAAAAUAUUUGAGUUCUCAAAAGUAUCGAUGUCAUGGAUUAAUGAACUUUAUCUUUAUGAAAAGUUUUUAAACUUUAAUGGAUGUAAAUUAAUAUUGAUGCUUCCAUUUAUGAAAUCAUCUGUCCUUAAUCCGUAUCAUUGGGGACAUCCAAAAUUGGAAAAUAACAGGAUUAAGGUUUGUGGAGUAACACCAAUCAUAUUUCAGAUAGCAGCACAAAAAUAUAAUUUUAUAGAUGAUUACAGCCCUGUUGAAUCACUUGUGGAUCAUUUUAUUGAGAACUUUACUCUUCGACAUAUACGUGCUGUAGAAUCCUUCCAAAUACCAAAUGUUUAUUUUGAUAUCGAUGACGAACAACUUCUUGGACUCAAUCAUAUUCGAAUGACUCAUGUGUUUUUGGACCUCAAGUUUAAAAUUCUUGUAACACCAGCAGAUCCUUAUUCACCGUAUGAGAAGCUUUUCCUGCCAUUCGAUAUCACAACUUGGCUUUUACUUGUAGCCACAUUUGGAAUAACUUUUGUUACAAUUUUCAUUAUCAAUCAUUUGCCAAAAUUAGCGCGAGACUUUGUCUAUGGAAGUGAAAUUUGUACACCAACUUUAAAUGUCAUCAGCAUAUUCUUUGGAAUCUCACAAGCUAGACUUCCAACCGGAAACUUUUCAAGAUCAAUUUUAAUUCUUUUUGUCUUUUUCUGUUUGAUUUUUCGCACUUGUUUCCAAAGUAAAUCCUUUGAAUUCUUAACUAGUGAACCAAGAAAAUCUCCACCUCGAUCAGUAAGUGAUCUUUUGGAACGGAAUUACACAAUAAAAACAUUACGAAAAGAAAAUAUUGAAUCGAUUCUAAGGGAUGAUUUGGAUAGAUGGCCAAAAAUUGAUAACAGUUCUUUCACUGAUUUAAAAUAUCUAUACAGCACGCAAUCACAGAACUCUUCAGCAAAACUUUGUCUAAUCUUAGACGAAAUAAUUCAAAGUGAAUGGAAUGAAGAUGUAGAAGACAACUGGGCACAGAUUGAUGUCGCAAAUAUAAUAGUUUUGCAUCAAGGAGUAGUUGUUCAUCAACAUGCAUUCUAUUUCCGUAUGAUUUACAAAACAGUUAAUAGUCUUAUAGACACAGGAAUCAUGAAACAUUUGGUUGAUAAUCAUUUGAGACUGAACAAAUUAAUCAAGUUUGAAGAGCAAAGAAGAGUUUUAAGCUUUAUUGAUCUUUUGUACGGAUUUAAUAUUUGGCUGGUUUGUUGCUGCAUUUCAGUUUUUGCAUUCUUUUUAGAAAUUAAAUAUUCAUCACGGAAAAAAAUUGAAAAACACAAAAAGAAGAUCAAGUUUGAAAAAAUACAUCCAAGUAAAGAUGUUGAAAUCAUAAGAGUAGUUCUCAAAAGUUCUAAAUUAAAAAUGCAUGAACUGUUUAGAGUUAAGAAAAAACUUGCAAAUAAGGCGCCGGAUCCAGAUUUUCCAGCAAUUGCUCAGGUGUUGCAAGACAUCAUUGACGUCUAUUUUGUGAAGGAAAAGACUCCAUUUGAUAUUUUAAUUCUUGAUCAUUUUCCAGUUGAACAUUUAGAUAUUCUAGAAACUAUUCUUUCAACAAACUAUGGACAUUAUUCCUACAACAUUGUGAAUUUCAAUUUAAUUAUAUCAGCAAUGUUUUUAAAUAUUCCAGCCAUAUUCUUAGUUUCUGAUGAAAAAACUCUUUUAGACAUAUUCAGCAAUUUUGCAGCAGUUAGAUAUCAGAAUCAAGCAAUAAAGUACUUUAUUUAUUUUGCGGAUACAACAUUCGAGAGAGUCGAAUGUUUUUGGUUAAUACGGGAACAUAAAAAAUUAACAAUUCAACCCGGAACAAUUUUAUAUCACUCAUAUUUUAUCAUUAAUGAGCCCGAAGCUGUUAGCAUUUAUACAAUUGAAUGGUUUGUCAAAGAAUGCAAUAAAAUGCAUUUGACGAAAAUUCAUUCAUUUCAUAAACAAUCAAUGGAAUGGAUUGGAAAGCUUCAAGCAUAUGAAAAAUUUCUUGAAUAUAAUGGAUGUGAACUUAAAAUGAUGUUACCAAUAAGCAGACAAACACAUCUCAAUUCAUAUCAUUGGGGAUAUGCUGUCCUGGAUAAAAAUGCCCCUGAUGGAUUUACUCCCACUGGAAUCACGCCAAUAAUAUUUAAAAUAGCUGGUGAGAAGUAUAACUUUAGAGAUGAAUAUGCUCCUGUCAAGAUAGAUAAAGAGGAUUGGGUUAUGAAUUUUGACCACGAAGAAGCCACUGCUGUAGGCAUAAAUAAAACAAUUACAGAUCCAAAUGUAUAUUUUGAUAUAACAGGAGUUAUGUUACAACGUAAAUAUUUGCAUAAAAUGUCAAAUGCAUUUAUUGACAUUAAAUACAAUAUUUUUGUGACUCCUGGUGAUCCAUACACACCAUAUGAGAAGCUAUUCCUGCCAUUUGAUUUAACAACCUGGAUUCUAUUAAUUGCUACAUUUGGAGUAACUUUUUUAACCAUUUUUAUUGUCAAUCGUUUACCAAAAUCCGCACGAGAUUUUGUCUAUGGAAGUGAAAUUUGUACACCAACACUGAAUGUCAUCAGUAUAUUCUUUGGAGUCUCACAAGCCAAGUUACCAACUGAAAACUUCUCCAGAUUAAUUUUAAUUCUUUUUGUCUUUUUCUGCUUAAUUUUUCGAACUUGCUUUCAAAGUAAAUCUUUUGAAUUUUUGACAAGUGUGCCACGCCGUCCUCCUCCAAAGACUUUAGAGGACCUUGUGGCACAAAAUUACACAAUCUACACAUUAUUCAAGGAUCCGUUUGAAAAAAUUAUCGAAGAUGAAAGGAGCAAUUGGCCAGAAAUUAAGGAACCUGAAUUCAACGAAUACAUCAAUUACUAUAAAUUUUAUUCACAGAAUUCAUUUGCUAAGAUGUGUUUGAUAAUUGAAGAUUUGCUACAAGAUGAACUCGAUGCAUAUGUCCACCCAAAAUGGAAUAAAAUCGAAUUAGAGAACAUUUUCAUUUCUCAUCAAGCCUUCAUUUUUCAUCAGCAUUCAUUUUACUUUAGAAUGAUGUUUAAGACGGUCAAUAGUCUUAUAGAUACAGGAAUUAUGAAGCAUCUGACUGAUGACUAUCUGAGACAAAAAAAAUUUAUUGUCCUUAAAGAAACUCCUGAGAGUUUGAAGUUGAAUGAUCUUUCAUAUGGAUUCAACAUUUGGCUAGGAUUUUGUGGCAUGUCUUUUAUUAUAUUUUUUGUUGAGAUAAUGAAAAAAGUCAAAAAAGAUAAAGCUCCUAAAGUUUUCAAGUUUGCAAAGAGAUUCCAAGAUCAUGCAUUUAAAAUAUUCAUCUAUUGCGCAGAUUUGUCUAUUGAUGAUUUAUAUGAUUUCGAUCUAUUUAUUGACUUUCCUUCUUUAAAACUGUCAUUAGGAUCAACGCUUCAUCAUGCAUACUUCAUUACUAAUGAGGAAGACAUAAUCAGCAUCUCAACUUUUGAAUGGUUCUUUACAACCUGCAAUAAGCCAUACAUAACGAGAUUAUUUUCAUUUGUAAAGGAAUCAUUGCAAUGGAAAUUUCCACUUUAUCAAUAUGAAAAGUUUCUAAACUAUGAAGGAUGUGAAUUAACGUUAAUGUUGCCAUAUAAGCAAUCAUUUGGUCUCAACACUUACCAUUGGGGAUAUUCAAUAAUUAAAAAAGAUGAGAGUUUUAUUAUAAAAGGCAUUUUGCCAAAAAUAUUUAAAAUUGCGGCACAAAAGUACAACUUUAUAGAUACUUACAGUCCUGUUGGAACAAAUGAACAAAGGUUUAUGAACAGUUUUAAACUUCAAAAUGCUUUCGUUGGUCGAACUAAUAAAACAACUUUUAAAAUGCCAAAUGUAUAUUUUGACAUUGAUAACAUACAAUCCAUCAUACGUGAUCACAAUCGUAUAUCUCAAGUGUUUGCUGAUCUUCAUUUUAAAAUUCUUGUGACACCAGCAGAUCCUUAUUCACCGUAUGAGAAGCUGUUUCUUCCUUUUGAUCUUACAACUUGGAUUUUACUUGUAGCUACAUUUGGAAUAACUUUUAUUACAAUUUUUAUCAUCAAUCAUUUGCCAAAAUUAGCACGAGACUUUGUUUAUGGAAGUGAGAUCUACACUCCAACACUAAAUGUCAUCAGCAUAUUCUUUGGAAUCUCACAAGCUAGAUUACCAACGGGAAACUUUUCAAGAUCAAUUUUAAUUCUUUUUGUCUUUUUCUGUUUGAUUUUUCGAACUUGUUUCCAAAGUAAAUCCUUUGAGUUCUUAACUAGUGAACCAAGAAAAUCUCCACCACGAUCAGUUAGUGAUCUUUUGGAACGGAACUACACAAUUCGAACAAUAAAUAAAGAAAAGUUUGAAUUUUUAUUAAGAGAAGACUUGGAUAAAUGGCCAAAAAUUAAAUACAGUCCGCUCAAUGAACUUAGUUAUCUCUACAGCACACAAUCAGAAAACUCAUCAGCAAAACUUUGCUUAUUAAUGGAUGAAAUAGUACAAAGUGAUUGGGACGCAACUAUAAAUGUUCAUUGGAAUCGCAUCGAUCUUGCUAAUAUAAUAGUUUUACAUCAAGGAGUAGUUGUUCAUCAACAUGCCUUUUAUUUUCGAAUGAUAUACAAAACAGUUAAUAGUCUUAUAGACACAGGAAUCAUGAAGCACUUAGUAGAUGAUCAUUUAAGACGAAAAAGAGCACUAAAAGUUGUGGAGACUGUUAAAGUUUUGGGCAUCGAUGAGCUGUCAUAUGGAUUCAAUAUUUGGCUAGGAUUUUGCUUCUUAUCGUUAUUCACUUUUAUAUUCGAACUGAUAAUUCAUCCAAAAAAGGAACAAAAAACGUCGAGAAAGUUAAAAUUUAGGAAAAUUUAUCCAAGUGAGUUUAAUAACGAUGCAAAUAUUUCAUGCAUGUCCCUCGAAAAUUCUGACAAGCUAGUUUAUGAACAAUUUAAAAUUAAGAAAAAAAUGGAAAUUUUAAAAAAUGAAUUGAAUCAGAUUAUUUUAGAAUAA